GAGGGGAACAGAGGAAGAGCCGGAGGCCACUUCCACUGCGUUUCCAGGCGACGUGGACCAGGUGCCCCCGUAUUUGCCUUUGUCGGAGGAGCUCGCAGUGGCGCCCCCUCCCUUUGGCUCUAGCUUACUUCGCGGUUGGCGCAGGUGGGUGAGGUAGAGCACCGCAGAUCUUCAGUUACCACCUGAGGUUUUUCUCUCCCUCUUCCCGAGGGGGAGGGACCUUCCUAAAAUAUGUAAAUAUACCGGCGCUGACUCCUGGUUGGGGCACCAGCUUAUAUCCCAGCGCAGCCGCUGGAUGUUUUACAUGAAAAUGAGAAGCCUGACAGAUCCCGUGCUCUAACUUAAGGCAGCUUGGUGAUCAGCCUGAGAGUGGCCGGCUGCCCUGCUUCCUACCCUUCGAUAGCCAUUCUUCGCGCUCGCGACUGAGCAGCGGUGCCACCGUGCGGGUGUCGUCCCGGCAGACUCGGCAUCACUGGCAGCCAUGGCUCCCGACGUCGCCUCUGCCAGUAAGUAGGAGCAUGCAUGUGUGUGGGGACGCAUGCAUGUCGGCACACACACACCCACACCAUCCUGAGCCUCCGCUAAGGAAGAAGGAAGGUUGAAGAGGCGCUGCAGCCGCAGGGACACCGCGGGCUCUUCCUGGAUUCCGCAGGAACCCGAUUGCCGCAGCUGCUGUCUGCAGAGCCUGCUCGGAUCCCUCUGCACACGCGCCCCCCCGCUCCCCAUUUGAGCCUCUGUAAUGAAGACUGCCUCCCAAGGAGUGCAGGGGAGGCAGAACCAGUCUGUGCCGGGGACUGCAGGCCAAACGGCUGAUAGGCCCAGGGGGACACAACUUGUACACUGUCAUCCGAACGCCUGUCGCUAGCCCGCCUGGUGCGGAGGGUCUGCCGCUGCCCCACCGGCUUCCCGGGCGCCCCAUUCUGGGUCAGCCCCGGAGGCCUCGGCUGCCUCGUUUGUUUGGGUCUUUUGUGCCGUGGCUCACAGUUGGCUAAGCACUCCUGCGCUGAAUCGGGCCAUUGUCUGCGCUCCCAUUGCUUUCACGCUGCAAGUCUCGGCGCCCCCACCCCGCCCGCCCCCUCCCCGCCUCCUCCUGGCCGGGGAGCCUGCUAACGUGCCUUUCCCCCCAGGAAUCUGGAAGCUAUAAGCCGGACGGAUUGCAAAUGAAGUGUAAUGCAUUGUGGGACGUGUGUAAAAUCGGAGCCUUCGCCGUGGGGGAGUGGGGAGGCGUGGGGAGGGCCGGACCCGCCGCUGGCGGUGUAGACGCCGACGAGGAGGGGCUGGGAAAAUGUGCGCAGAGUCCUCCCGGGUCGUGCCCGCCGUAGACGGAUGAAGCUGCGCUCUGCGCCCUGGCGCUGAGGCCCCGAAGAUCGGGGCGGCAGGUAGCCAUCCCCACCAUGAAGAAGACCCGGAGCACAACCUUGCGGCGAGCCUGGCCUAGCUCGGAUUUCUCCGACCGGGCCUCGGACCGCAUGAGGUCCCGCAGCGAGAAGGACUACCGCCUGCACAAGCGCUUCCCCGCGGCCUUCGCGCCCCAGGCUUCGCGCGGUUACAUGACAUCAGGUGAUGUGUCACCAAUCAGUAUGUCUCCGAUCAGCCAAUCUCAGUUCAUUCCACUCGGGGAAAUCCUUUGCUUGGCCAUCUCAGCAAUGAACUCGGCAAGAAAACCUGUCACCCAGGAAGCACUAAUGGAACACCUGACAACGUGUUUCCCAGGUGUUCCAACCCCAAGCCAAGAAAUUCUGCGGCACACACUGAACACGCUGGUGCGGGAGAGGAAAAUCUACCCGACUCCAGACGGCUAUUUCAUCGUGACUCCACAGACUUAUUUCAUAACUCCUUCCCUCAUAAGAACUAACAGUAAAUGGUACCACUUGGAUGAGAGGGUACCUGACAGGUCUCAGUGCGCCUCUCCACAACCCGGAACCAUAACGCCCUCUGCCUCAGGCUGUGUCAGGGAAAGGACAUUGCCCAGAAACCACUGCGACUCUUGCCAUUGCUGUAGAGAAGACAUGCACAGCAUGCACGCAUCCACCCUGCAGAGGAAACCCGCCAAGGACUGCCGAGACCCUUACUGCCCUCCUUCGCUAUGCCAGGUGCCACCCACCGAAAAGAGCAAAAGUACUGUAAAUUUUUCUUAUAAGACAGAAACUCUCUCAAAACCUAAAGAUAGCGAAAAGCAGUCCAAAAAAUUCGGAUUAAAGUUAUUCCGGCUAAGUUUUAAAAAAGACAAGACCAAACAGCUGGCCAAUUUCUCCGCCCAGUUUCCCCCUGAAGAGUGGCCCCUGAGAGACGAGGACACACCAACGACCAUCCCUCGGGAGGUGGAAAUGGAAAUCAUUAGGCGGAUUAACCCGGACUUGACUGUGGAAAAUGUCAUGAGGCACACUGCACUAAUGAAGAAGCUUGAAGAAGAAAAAGCCCAUAGGAGUAAAGCGGGGUCCUCUGCCCAUCACAGCGGAAGAAGUAAAAAGAGCAGGACGCAUCGAAAGUCCCAUGGGAAAUCUCGCUCACACAGCAAGACGCGGGUAUCUAAGGGAGACCCUUCGGAUGGUUCUCAUCUCGAUAUCCCCGGUGAAAGAGAGUAUGACUUUUGUGAUCCCCUCACCAGGGCACCCAGGGAGGGCUGCUUCAUCAUCGAACACAAAGGAGAUAACUUUAUCAUGCACAGCAACACAAACGUGAUCGAGUCCCAUUUCCCCAUGACUCCAGAGUGGGAUGUGUCCGGCGAGUUGGCCAAAAGGAGAACAGAGAUGCCUUUUCCUGAACCUUCCAGGGGAAGCGCCCACUCAAAAGUGCAUCGAAGCCACAGCCAUACCCAGGACCGACGGUCCAGGAAUGAGAGAUCCAACAAAGCCAAGGAGAGAUCCAGAUCCAUGGAUAACUCCAAAGGCCCUCUGGGUGCUUCUUCUCUAGGGACGCCCGAAGACAUGGCUGAAGGCUGUAGCCAAGACGACCAAACCCCCAGCCAGUCCUACAUUGACGACAGUACUUUAAGGCCUGUGCAGACCGUGGGUCAUCAAAGGGGUCACAUGUCCUCCACAAGCUAUAAAGACACAUGUAUACCAGAAAUCGUCAGUGGCAGCAAGGAACCUCCCAGCGCUUGUAGCCUUUUGGAGCCAGGCAAACCACCAGAGAGUUUGCCGUCGUUCGGUGAACUCAACUCUUGUCCAACAAAAGCGCCCACGGAUGACUACUUCCAGUGCAACACCUCCAGCGAGACGGUGCUCACCGCGCCAUCGCCUCUGGGAAAGAACAAAGAGGACCACGACGCGCCGACCCUGGCGGAAGGGGUGAAAAAGCUGCCUCCCUCCGAGAGGCAGGCCCCGCAUUCCUCCAGGGAGCCCGGAGGGCACAAGGAGGAGUCCCCAAAAGGGCCGGGCGGGGGCCCCGCGGCCUCGGGCUCGGCGGCGGAGGGGCUCGCCAAUGGACGCCUCGCCCAGCACCACGGCGCCGAGCCCGGCGGCCUGGACAAGAGGAAAGAGAUCUUCAGCAAGGACACGCUGUUCAAACCCCUUCACGGCACCCUGUCUGUCAACAGCUACCACAAAUCGAGCCUGUCCCUCCUCAAAUCGCACCCGAAGACACCCACCGACGUCCUGGCCGGCCGCUGCGAGAAGCUCGAGCCGUCCCUGGGGUCGGCGGCGCAGGCCGUGCCCGCUGCGCAGCGCCCGCAGGAGGCCGGGGCCGGCCAGGAAGCGUCUUUUGACUAUUACAACGUCUCUGACGACGACGACUCCGAGGAAGGCGCCAACAAACACACGGAGGAGGAGAAAAACCGCGAGGACGUGGGCACCAUGCAGUGGCUUCUGGAGCGGGAGAAGGAAAGAGACUUGCAGAGGAAAUUUGAAAAGAACCUCACCCUCCUUGCCCCCAAAGAAACCGACUGCGGCAGCAACCAGAGGGCCACCCAUUCGGCGCGGCUCGACAGCAUGGACAGCAGCAGCAUCACUGUGGACAGCGGAUUCAACUCCCCACGUACUCGGGAGAGCCUGGCUUCCAACACUUCAAGCAUUGUCGAAAGUAACCGUCGUCAGAACCCUGCUUUGAGUCCGGCCCAUGGCGGAGCUGGACCAGCCUUCAACUUCCGAGCAAGUGCGGACCCCCCAACAAAUGAAGCCGAGAAAUUACAGAAACCUUCCAACUGCUUGCAAGCUUCUGUUACUAGUGUGUGAUAGUCAUGUUGCCUCAGAUUUUCUCUCUCGUUCGAUACAGCAAAGUUUACGACACUGGGACUGAUGUCCACGUCUUUGGAAAGACAAGCAUCUUAACCACAGUUUUUGUGUUUACUUAAACUGUGCUGCUGAGUAGGCUAGGGCAAAAAAAGAAAAAAAAACAACAACAAAAAUUUUAUUUCAGAAUAUUGCUUUUCACAUUUAUGGCUCUAUAGCAACAGAAUAGCAGUAGGGGUGAUAUGUAUACUUUUGCUUCACUAAUUGUAACUGAGCACAUAUAGGAAAGUCUAGACACUGUAAGUGUAAUAUGCAUUUUCAAUGUCAUGCAGUUGCCAAUUCCACUUUGAAAUGCCACAGAUGCGUGUUGCUCCCAGUCUGUGGUUAAAUGGUGCCACAGAACUGAUCCUUGACACUUCCAAAUAAAUGAAGCCACUGCAAAAUGUAAAAUGCAAGGGUUCACCUUGAGGGAAAUCAAUGCCAAACUGACCAGAAGGGAUCCCAGCCCUCUGUGAGUUAUGUAUGCACCAGUCAUUUGCACUGUGAGUUUUCAUGACACUAUCUUGCAGGAGCUAGUGGAAGUGUGUCAGAAGGGGUCAUGAUUGAAAUACCGGGAGUGUUUGGGGGAUUUUGUUUUUAUGUGUAACAGAUGCUUGUCUGACUGUUAACCUUCCAUAAUCACAAACAGGAAUAUAGGCCUUUGAAUCUGAAGUGGACAAAGGAAGGGAAUUCUCAGCCUGGCUGGGUCCUAGGGCUAAGUGGUGGAAAAAAUUUUGUGGACUUUUAAAAGGUAUUAAUCAAAUAUUUAAAGAAGAUAGUUUCCUCCUUGUGAUCCUUAUGAUGAUCCUAUCUUACUAUAAUAGAUACAAUAAUUAGUUUGUUUAAAAGCAAAAUGUUCUUUGUGAUACAAAUGAAGAAUAUGGCCUGAGGAUAUUAUUCUUUCUAAUGGAAGGACAUAAAUCUAUUUUAUGUAGUUUUAAAUAGAAUGCCUAAAUUAGGCUGUGGGAGAUAAUUUUUAGUGAUUAUAGGAAACAGCAAAUUUCGGGAGAGUUGGACUUCAGGCCUUUUAUUCCUGGGAAGAUAUCUAUAGAGAAAAGUUUAAGAUAAUUUUUGAUUAGAAAUAUACAUGUGCCCAUGUUAUUAACAACAGAAUGUGCUCAUUCUGCAAGUGCGGUAUAAUAAUAAUUUGUACUCCCCUAAAAUUAAUCAGAAUUACAAUUAUGCAUAUAUGAACUAUGCCAGAGUAAUGUUUACAGAUACUUUGUACCAAUUUCAGGAGGCAUUUUUAGGUGGAUAUAUAGUUAUUAUCCCAACUUAUUUUGAAAUAAUUUGUUAACAUUUUCCUUUGGUUUACAAUAUCAUGUUGAAUUAAAGAAGACUCCCGGCAGCAAAGAAGCUACAGAUUAUCAAUUUUCUACCUUAUAGGAAAGAGACAUGUCAAAGUUCCAUGUUUUAUUUUAUGACAACAUGAAAUCAAUCUGCAGAUAAUGGAACAUUUUGGCAAAAAGUUACAUAUGGCCCUGUAAAUGGUUGAAAAAAAACUUUCCUUUAGUUUAGUGGCAGGCAGUAUUGAGCCAUGUACCACAAAAUAUAUCCAGAAACAAAUGUAAUUUUUUUUCCACUCAGAUUUUAGUAAUUGGCAUAAAAUUUUUGUGAAACACUUCUGUUGCAAUUAGGUGCAAUGACUAGAAAUUUGUUUAAGAAUGAUGUCAUAUACAUAGUUGGAUACAAUUUUGGGAUUUUAAAAAUUGGACUGAUUCUUGAAACAUUUGGGUACUCCCUCCAGCCUUUUCAGAUGUUUGGAAGCCAUGCUGGGUCAAAAACAGACUCUUCAAUUUUAGCAUCAAUUCCUUUUUUGUGUGCUUGCAGUGAACCUCAGCAUGUUUCUUAGUCAACUCCCACACCCUUUAAAUGCUUAAAUCAGUUGGCUUUCAGUUUCAAGGCUUAUUCCAUUCAAGGCAAGCCUUGAUUGCUCCAAAAUGCAUUGUUUCUCUCAUUGCUUAAAUAUGUCCAGAAGAAAUGAUAAUGUAUCUAAUAGACUCCAGAGUCUAUUUCUUUGGGGAACUGUAUACCAUAUGGUUACUGAAUUUUUCUGACUAAAUUCAUUUUUUUUUCAAAAACCUGCCCUCAAGUUUUUCAUACUGUCAGUUCAUAAAUAAUAUAACCAUUGAAACAAUACAUCAGCCUCUAGUUAGUUGAUCCUCUGAAAGUAGCCAUGGUAACAAUAAAAUGCUGUGUGAACUGGAAAGGAAAGCAUUAUCUUUAAGAGAAGCUUUAAUAUAUAAAUUUACCAAUAUUUCACAAGAAAGAGGUUUACAGAAGACAUUAUUCAAAUAAAAUGUGUACACUAUUUGUCAGCUGCAAUGGUGUACAUGAUUUUUAAAAAGCCCCCUUAGACACUAGCAUGGCAGUGAUGGACUUUAAAGAUGACUCAGUGUAAGCAGACGUAUCUUAGAGAAACAGUCUCCUCUGAAUCUAAUCCAGAUUCUUGAAUGGGGGAGAGGUGGUGAUGGGAAAUGUGACCCAAGCUUUUCUGCGUUCAGAUUCCCAGUGAUCAAACACUCGGGCCAUCCCCUAGCUGUGCUAACAUCCAGUCCUCCAGUGAAAUGAUGGCUGUGGGUAAUCCAGCUGCUUGUCUCAUCUUCACUUAAGUUUACGGAAAGGUUUACAAAACUGAAUUUGGUUGAAUCUCUGUAUCAUGUUCAACUUUAAGCGGUCAACACAUCCGUCGGCAUUUUGCACACUUAUGUAUUAUUAUGAUACAGCAUAUUACUUUAUGGUAAUUUUUAUUUUUACAUAUAACUACCUCCAUAAAUUUGAUGAAAUGGCAGCAGUGCUUUCAAGUGUAUUGUUUAAGAAAAGCAGAGUUUUAAGAUGUUUUUAACCAUUAGGCCAUGGUGUUGUGUGUGUGUGUCAGUGAUUGCCUCUGUGGACUCAUGACUUUUUUCAUUGCCAUGGUUUUCUUUUACGAUAUUAUUUGGCUUUCAGAUGUAAUCCCGUCUCUCCUCCCUUCCCCACAAAAGCGUACUUGAUUUUGUUACGAAUGAAAGGAAAUUUAAAAUUCUUGUCUUUUUUUUCUUUCCAUUCCUGCUAAAAGUUCUCUCUGGCAAAGAGCCAAUUGGUAAACAUAAUUUAGUAAGCUAUUUACUCCUAUAAAAAUCCGAUGUGAAUUCUAGUUUUUCAGUAACAGAAAGACACACAAGAAAUGUGGACUGCCAACUUUGAAGCACUUUGGGCCUCUCUGCCUUCACUCGCAUGCUACCAUAUUGAGCCCAAACCUCACUUUAAUUAAACAAACUGUGCUGUGUAUUCCACAAUCUCUGUUAAAUAAUUUGUAUUCCAUUUUAUAUAUUUUGCACAUCUCAGGGGACCUUAAUGAGCAAAUGAAAAGGGGGGUGCCAUCAAAUAGAGAAAACAACUAGAAGAGCUAAAAGGGGAUUAGCUAGAUAAAAACAACAAAUUACCACUUCUCUGAUGUUGUGAAGCUCAAGUUUAGGAAGCAUACAUUGAAAGUUAAUUUGGAGUAACAGUGAUCUGAACACCAGCUGUUCCCAAGUCUCUUUUUCAAAACCCAACCAACAUUUCUAAAAUGUAAAUUUAAAUUAUAUUGCAGUCACCAUAGGGAUAAAAAUCCUGUUCAAUGAAACCAGAAGCAUUGUUCCUUUUUUAAGUUGGCACAGCUUUGUAAAAUUCUACCCGGGAUAAACCACUUAUCACCACAAAGUGUACUUGAAAAUAAAGUUUUUAAUGUAAAUUAUAGACAUAUUGUUCACAAUACAGUAGUUACCUUUUGAAAAGUUUCACCAUUUAUAACAUGGGCGGUGUUUGGAGAUUGUUUAAAACCCAACACCUGAUCAUGACUUUGCAUAGUUCAUUUUGGGAUCUCCAAAGUGCUUCCAAAGCAUUCAGAUUCACAGACAAUUAAUGAAGCAGGUCAUAUAUGUAAUGCCCAUACUUGAAGUGAAUAAACAGAAGGAGCGACUUAAGAUUACCCAGAAACCCAGUGGCAGCUAUCAAUGACCGAUUUUCUAUCUGUUUGAUAGACCAUCAUGAGAAAUCACUAAAUACAAUGCUAUUUUUCUGAUAUGUGCUAAUAAAGUCAAAGAAAACCAAUAACAGCUUUACACCUUUGUCCAUUUUCAUUACAAAAUUUCAGGGUGUUUGGAAUUUUACACCUCAGCACACCUUACUGGUAUCAGUUUAUGAAGUGGGAGAUUGACAAAUUCACCCAAAUGUCGUUGCAGUCAGUAGUAGAUCUAGACAUACACUCUUGUUUACAGUUUCAUAUUGGGCUUCUCUAAUUCCCUGCUAAGGUACCAUCUUUCAGGAACAUGACUGCUACUGGCAGUGGAAGGUGCUGAAACAGAAAUUUUAAUGAAAACCUUUAUCAAGUAUUCUUUACUGUGCUCCUUAGCACAAUAGAAAGUCAGCAUGACGUAUUGAGCCCUACUUUGGAUUUCUGAGGGAGCUGAUCAAGUUCCACAUGUUUUCUUAAAUCAGAAUGUACAAGAUCCUUGACAGGGACCGUCUCCUUUACCACGGGCCAGUCACAGAACCAGCUAGCCAGUGUGCUGUCAGACCACAGUGGACCCAAGCAGAAGGGGUCCCUUCCUUCCCCUCCCACCACCUUCCCUUCCAGAAGCAUCCUGCCCAUAGUCAAAGGCAUCCAGGACUCUUCCAUCAGUAGGUGACUCUUCGGUGUACAUUUAGGGCUUGAGGAAGCUAGAACACAGUUUUUAAAAAAAUGCAAAAGCCAUGGAAAACACUGUCUUGCUUUAGGUUAGCAAAAUAUAAGCAGGAAAGAGAUUUCUAUUGGUCUGACAUUUACCGAGUCAGAUAAAAGAAUCAGCUGUUUGCUCCACCCAUCUCCAGGAAGGUUUUAUAGUAUUAAGAAAACAUGCAAUAUUUUCCCAUUAGAUUUUUAUUUAGGAGGCAUUUCUUAAAUUACAUAUAUGAAAAAAUUCAUUAUUAAAUUUCCUCAUGUAUUUGAACAGAUGUUGGCAUCUCCUUGAUUGAGUUCAUCUCUGCGUCUUCUGCAGCACAUCCCAGAGAGAGAGUCCCCCUGAUUGCCCCAUGUUUUUAAUCCUGUGUUCUUACAGUUGUUCAAUGACUUCUGGCUAAUAAUUUGCAAGGUUCAGAAUUCUAGAAAGCACAAGGGGGACUAACCCUUCGUAUGAGUGUGUAUUAUCAGUUAUAGGGCUUUAAUUGCUAGCUGAAAUGUAAACACAUGCACCAUCAUGCCAACAGAGGGGAGGGAGUGUUUCCCAAGUGAGGCGGCAGUGACUGGAAGCAAAUAUACUGGGAGAAGCUUGGCCAGUCCUUGUACAGCUGCCUGCCUCCCUGACCAAAGGCUAACCUUGGCAUCCCCUGGUCCCUUACUGCCAUCAAACAAAGGUCCCAAAUCUGAGAUCUGAGGUCUCUUCCCUACUAAAUCCUCUGCAGUUACAGGAAAUUAAUCAUGAAGUUCCUCACCUUUCUAUCCUCUGAGGUCCUCCUUCCCUGCCUCCUUCCUCUUCCCCCAUCUCGAUACGGAUACAUUGCCAUGGUUUCCACAUUGGAAGGGCAGAAUACUGUGCAGUAUUGUGCACACAGGCUGUGUUAGGAAUAGAGCCGCCCUAGAGUCACCUUCAUGUAAAAAUCAACAGCUACAAAUUAGGGUCCUUGGAGUCACUGACAUAGAUACUACUUUCUAGAAAAGAAAUUUAAACAUUAACUUUAAAGGGAUCAUAACUCUGCAGGUAUCUUUCUCUGAAUGACUGAAUGUGACUAUUGCAUUAGGGUAAAUGAAUUAAAAAGUGCAAGUGGGAUUUACUGUAUGUUAAAAAGGAGUUUUGCAGCCAAGACUGCCUUGAAUAAAAUGUGUUUGCACUGAAAAAAAAUUUAAAUUACUUGGUCUCUGGUUGCUGUAAAGGUCAUCCAAGAUGGAUGUUCUGUUUAUAUUGUAUAGUAUUUCAUAUGAAAUAAUUACAGUUCAUGAAAUGUCUUCCCUAAUGUUACUGAUUUAUAACAGCACAUUUGUAACAUGGUUUUUAUCGUGUCAGUGUAUCAUAUUGUAAAUGAUGAUUACUUGUCAUGCUUAGUAUAAUAACUUAAAAGAAAAAAAGGACAGGGAUUUUUGUAAGUCUAUAUUUGAAAGUCCCUCCAUAUGGUAAUAUUGUGUUCAUGUUGUUCAUGUAGUGUUGUGUGAAAUAUCCAUUUUGGAUUGUGUUACUUUUUAAGAUAUUAAAUAACAUUUGGUUAUA